GAUCAGAACAAAGAAAUAUGGAAGAGAAUAAUCUCAUCUGCCAAACAAGUCCUCCGCCACAAACUCAAAGCCCUCUUCCCCCUUUCUCUCCUCUCCUCUCCUCUCCUCUUCUCUGCUCUGCUUAGUAAUGGACUUGAUUUUGUUCAACUUCCAACGCCAUAACCCUUUUCUGCAACUAAGCUAUCCCUUCGAAAAUCCUUGACAUGUCUCCGCCUCCACCAAUCACAAACAGCCACUCCACCACCACCACCCUCCUCAACAGCCCAAGCCUCCCUGACCUCUUCUUCACGGCCCUUUCCCUCUGCUUCCUCUUCCCCUCCAAGCCCAAUCUCUCCAAACUCCCUUCCUUCCUCAUCCCUUUCCCUCUGAACUCUCCUCCUCGCCGAUUCCUCAAAAUCCCCACCAUGUCCCGCACCCACCACAGCAACUCCUUCUCCACCCCUCAGUCCCUCUCUGAAUGGCUCAAGCCUCGCUUGCCUUCCGACUCCUUCGCCUCCUGGGGCGUCAAACCCGGCACUAAGAACGUCCACAACCUCUGGCUGGAGCUCGCUGAGGGCGAAACUUCCCUCGCCGACUCCACCCCUCCUCUUCGUACGGUUCAAGUCGUUACGGUCAGAAUCAUCGACAAAAACAACCUCGUUCUUAUCGAAACCCGCCAGGAAUUGUCCGACGGUAGUUUACGAGAGCGGUACCGACCUUUGUCGGAGAAAAUGAAACCCAACGAGACGCCCGAAUCUGCGGUUUAUCGGGCGGUUAGAGAGGAGCUCGGUUCGAUAAUUAAAGGGUCGGUCGGCGAUUUGGAGAGCGGGAGCGUCAUGAGAAUUGUUCCCGGCUCGUAUCGGAUGAAGUUGGAGGAGAGGAAUUCGGCAUCUUAUCCGGGAUUGCCUGCGUGUUAUGUGUUGCAUUCUAUGGACGCAGUGGUGGAAGGCUUGCCGGAAGGGCAGUUUUGCACGGAGGAGGGUGAUGAGUAUGGGGAUUGUGGGGAGACGAGCAUGAGGGCGGCGGCGGCGGAUAAGGCGGUCUCGGUGAAGAAGCAUUAUUGGGAAUGGGUUAGUGCCGAAUCGAUUAAAUCUUGAAGUUCUUUCGUUGAGGGCAACUGAAUUAUUAUUAUUAUUUUUUUUUAAUUUUAGAUUUCAAUGUAUUGUUGAAGCUCAUGGCGUUACAAUUUUGUUUUUUUGUUUCUUUUUUGCAUGAUACGAUAAUGUUUCUGUGGUCGAUCUUGAUAAUGAUAUUAUGUAUGAAAGAUUGGUGAUAUUUACAACAUUGUGACUUCUCGAUUGAAUUUUCAUGUUAAUGUGAGUAUGCCUUUGUGUAAA